AAGCAACACUUCUCCAUCAUGACUGGGAUUGUGUCACUAUAUAACAACUCUUGUACAUUUCAAACACUCUGUAGAUCAGAGGAAGUGAACAAACACAUGAAGAGCUGAGAGUAUUUAGAGAAAGAGUUGAGAGAAUAUAAUGAAGAGGAAGACUGACAGAAAGAGAAGAUGGCUGAUAAGUGUCACUUGUGUCUGCUGGGACUGAUCUUUCUCUCUUCACUUCUCACAGGUCUCAGUGGAGUGGAUGAUGCUCAUGUGUUCAUCAGUUCUGGUGAAGAUGUCCGUCUGCCCUGUAAUAAUGCUCUUCAUGACUGUAAAUCAACUACAUGGCUCUAUAACAGAUUCAGUCAUUCACCAGCAGUUGAACUGAUCACUGGAGGGAGAAAGAAGACAGACACAGAGAGACAUGAGAGACUGAGUCUGGGGUCUGACUGCUCUCUGAACGUCAAAAGCGUCACAAAAGAAGAUUAUGGACUUUACAUCUGCCAACAAUGGACAGUGAAUGGACAACAACAAGGAACUAAUGCUCGUGUUUAUCUGCAUGUUCUUCGUGUCUCUUCAUCUGAGAUCAGUGCAGGCCGCUCUGUGACUCUCUUCUGUCAGUUGUAUUCAUAUCCUCGAGUCUCUUGUGAUGAUUUGAUCCGUUCUGAGGGAAUUGAUCUGUUCUGGGUGAAUCAGGCUGGUGUUAAACUGACAAACUCAGACUCCAGAUAUCAGAUAUCAGCUCCAGAUCACUGUAUCACCUCUCUGAAUACAACAAUCCUGAAUGAAGAUGAAAACAGAGAGUGGAGAUGUGAAGUUACUCAAGUCAAGACUUCAGUUACAUUUACUGUCAGGUAUUCAGGUGAGAAACAAACUUUCUUAACUUAAUUUCAGAAAACCAUCUGAUACA